AAGGCUUCAGUCUAUUUUAGUGAGCCACUCAGAGGAGGCCGAAGAGGCCAUAAAAUUUGCCUGGGUUUUCUUGUGCACUGACAUUGUCACACUGUCAUUGCCUUGGAGUGGUCUUUGGAGGAACAGAUUUUCACUAGUGAUUUGCAGCAGAUUAGGCGUAAAAAAGGAAGUACUUAGAAGCUCACAAUGUCUGAGUCACAGAGACCCAAAUCUAAGAUUUCGGCAUCCAGGAGGUUGUUCUUAAAGACAAAGCUGCUGAAGAAGGCAACAUCUAUGCUUGUGACUGAAAAAGAAGAGAAGCAGAGAGAGAGAGAGACCACCUUGAGUGAGCGAGUGCCCCCUCUACAGCUUUCCGGUCUGUCUAUCCAAGAGCUUCAGGCUCUCUGUAAGGACCUCCAUCAAAAGAUUGAUGUUGUAGAUGAAGAGAGGUAUGACAUCUCUGUCAAGGUGACCAAAAAUGAAAAGGAGACUGCAGAUUUGAACAUCAAGAUUACCGAACUUAGAGGUAAAAUGAAGAGACCUGCGCUGAAGAGGGUGAAGAUCUCUGCCGAUGCCAUGUUGGGUGCUCUUUUGGGCUCCAGGGUCAAAGAGUCUGUGGAUUUCAAAGCCAACCUCAAGACUGUCAAGAAAGAAGAGGAGAAAAAAGAAGAGGUGACCGACUGGCGUAAGAAUGUGGAGGCCAUGUCUGGAAUGGAGGGCAGGAAGAAGCUGUUCGAUGCGGGACAGUAGAAGAUACAUUUGAAAAACCUUAUGGUGACAUCUACACCAGAAAUAAUAAACUUCUUAAUGUAUAAAUCAAUGCAAGUUCAUAUAACACAUAUCCUAUUUUAAUAAUAGCUUAGAAUUAUGGUUUAAUAUUUUAUUUUAGCUAAAAAAGAAAGUGCAUUAUCUUAAACUUACUUGAUGUGUUCUUGAUGGUUUCUGUGAUGUCGAGCCCAUUUUCUGUCUUAAAAAUAAAAACACAUCAAAGAAA